AUGGCAUCCGAUCCAAUUACAUCCAUCAACCUCACCUCGCUUCCAAAGGUGUCCCAAGGCAAAGUCAGAGACCUCUUCUCGCUUCCAGAAGAUGAGAAGCCCAGACUUCUCUUUGUUACUUCAGAUCGUAUAAGCGCCUAUGACGUCAUUCUCAAGAGCGGCAUACCCUCCAAGGGCAUCAUCUUGACUCUCCUCUCAGCAAAAUGGUUCGAGGUGCUCUCAUCCCGGGUCCCCGGCUUGAAGCAUCACUUCCUUCAUCUUGGCCCACCGUCUGGCGUCGUUACACCUGACGAGGCACAGAUGCUCCAAGGGCGUUCAAUGACCGUCCGCCGUCUGAAGAUCUUCCCUAUCGAGGCCAUCGUGCGUGGCUAUGUCACCGGAAGCGGCUGGGCAGAGUACGAAAAGAACCAAACAAUCCACGGUCUUCCUCAGCCAAGCGGGCUGGCUCGGUGCGAACGGCUCCCCGAGCCGAUUUACACCCCUUCAACCAAGGCAGAACUCGGUGAGAAGGACAUCAACAUCUCCCCUGACGAGGCCAGGAAGAUCGUCGGCGACAAGUAUGCCUCGCGCAUCGAGGAACUAGCCCUGGCAUGCUACAAGGCGGGGGCCGCGUACGCAGAGGAGCGCGGGAUAAUCAUCGCGGACACCAAGUUUGAGUUCGGCGUCGACGAGGAGACGGACGAAAUCUACCUUGUAGAUGAGGUUCUGACGCCCGACUCCUCCCGCUUCUGGAGCAAAGCCGACUAUCAAGUCGGACGGGAACAGGAUUCUUUCGAUAAGCAGGUGCUGAGGAACUGGCUGGUCGAUAAUGGGCUGAAGGGAAAGCCAGAUGUGGAGAUGCCCCCAGAGGUUGUCAACAAGACAAAAGCUCGCUAUACUGAAGUGUACGAGCGGCUAACGGGCAGCACCCUUGAGGAGGGGCUUGCAAAGUUGGCUGCCUAA